UUGUGACAAAUUCCACUCUUGAAUUUACCGCCAAUGACACCAUCCCAACUAACUCCACACUACAAGACGCCCUUGUAAAUGCGACCAGCACCAACUCAAGCUUGAACAUUAUUCCAACUUCUAUAAAAGUCACCCAGGUUCCUGUGACAAACACCUCUUCAACAAACACUUCAACAAACACAACUUCAACAAACUCCACUUCAACAAACACCACUUCAACAAACUCCACUUCAACAAACACCUCUUCAACAAACACUUCAACAAACACAACUUCAACAAACUCCACAACAAACUCCACUUCAACAAACUCCACUUCAACAAACUCCACUUCAACAAACACAACUUCAACAAACUCCACAACAAACUCCACUUCAACAAACUCCACUUCAACAAACUCCACUUCAACAAACUCCACAACAAACUCCACUUCAACAAACUCCACUUCAACAAACUCCACUUCAACAAACUCCACUUCAACAAACUCCACUUCAACAAACUCCACUUCAACAAACUCCACAACAAACUCCACUUCAACAAACACUACAAACUCUACCGCAGUAGCUGCAGCAUUCAACUUGGUCUUUAGCAUCAAUGAAACCUUUUAUCCAGCACUGGCCAAUAUCAGCUCUCCAAAUUUUACAGCAAAAGCUCAAAGUAUCCGUAAUCAGAUUGAACCAGUUUACAGAAAAAUCUUUAAGAACUUCCUCCGGAUGGUAAUUAAUAGUUUUAGGAAUGGUUCGAUUGUGACAAAUUCCACUCUUGAAUUUACUGCCAAUGGCACCAUCCCAACUAACUCUACAGUACAAGACGCCCUUGUUAAUGCGACCAACACCACCUCAAGCUUGAACAUUAUUCCAACUUCUAUAAAUGUCACCCAGGAUCCUGUGACAAACAACUCUUCAACAAACACUUCAACAAACUCCACUUCAACAAACACUUCAACAAACUCCACAACAAACACCUCUUCAACAAACACCACUUCAACAAACACUACAAACACUCCUGCAGUAGCUGCAGCAUUCAACUUGGUCUUUAGCAUCAAUGAAACCUUUUAUCCAGCACUGGCCAAUAUCAGCUCUCCAAAUUUUACAGCAAAAGCUCAAAGUAUCCGUAAUCAGAUUGAACCAGUUUACAGAAAAAUCUUUAACAACUUCAUCCGGAUGGUAAUUAAUAGUUUUAGGAAUGGUUCGAUUUUGACAAAUUGCAGUCUUGAAUUUAGCUCUAAUGGCACCAUCCCAACUGUGUCUCUAGUAAAAGAGGCCCUUCUUAAUGCGACCAGCACCACCUCAAGCUUGAACAUUAUUCCAAGUUCUAUAAAUGUCACCCAGACUUUUGGUAAUUCCACCAGUAAUUCCACCAGUAAUUCACCAGUGAUUGCCAGCUCACUUUCCAUGAUAUGGAUGUCUCUUCUAUCACUUCUACUUUCAGUGGCAUUGCACUUCUAGCUCUACACCUGAUCGGAAAACAUACACAAUGACCCUUAUAUAUAAUGUAUGUAAUAAUGCAUAAGAAAAAGGGGAUAUGGGGAAAAUGAUUCACUCUUAUAAACAUGGGUAUAUUUAUAUAAGUAUUUGAAACUGGAGACUUAAUGAGGGUUCUGAUUUGCUUGAAAAUUUCUCAGCAUUCUAACAGGCCUACAAGGAUUUUAUUUCACUUUUUAAACUAUUGUGUAGUUAAUAGUAGAAUAUCUUGUUGUUCUAUACUGUAUAAUUUCUAAACAUAAGUGUAUAUGCAAACCUAAAUUUAACUUCUUUAUAUCAGUGUACAAUGAUUAUAAACAUUGUAUGAAAUAAAGCUUUCCACGAUUCAUUUAA